CACAGCACAGACUUGAGACCUUGACUAUUUGUUUGUCAUAAUGUAUGCAGUUAGACACUUCAAAAACUUAGGCUCCUCUGAGUGUUAAUCUCCACACACAUCAUUAGACCAGACUCUUGGAAGCAUUAACAAUAUAAAGUGCAUCAAGAUUGUUAAUGGAACCAGACCAUAGUCUUUCAGAGUUGGAGUCUAAAAGGUAAGACGUGCUGACGAUAUGCGACAUGCAUGGCAAAGUAAUCAUUGGGAUAGCUUGUGGAAUAUCCUCUGAGGUACUAUAAGUUUGUAUCCUUUGCUCGAUAUUACUACAUCAGUAUUGACACUAAAGUGCUAUUUAUUCCGUUCCAUUUAUUGCAUUUUCAUUUUUGUUGCAAUGAACGUGUGAUUAUGAAACACACCAAUAUUACAACUAUAAAAGACUUUAUUAUCACUGGAUUCCCUGGACUUCCACCUGAAUAUUACGGACCAGUGUCUGUUCUUCUUCUUCUCAUUUUCCUAACUAUCAUGGUUGGAAAUGCUUUCAUUUUAGCUGUUAUUAUGUAUGAGAGGACUCUUCACAAACCAACAUACUUGAUCUUUUUUCACCUUGCAAUGACAGACAUGGCAUUUGGCAUUGUGACUCUUCCAAAAAUCAUUGCCAUAUAUUGGUGGAAUGACACGAUAUCUUCAUUUGGAGCCUGCUUUACACAAAUGUAUUUUGUCCAUUCUUUGGGAGCUAUUCAUUCUUUAAUUUUGCUGAUAAUGGCUUUGGAUCGCUUUGUUGCCAUAUGGUUUCCUUUUCAAUAUCCUGCCGUGAUUACAAAUAAAGCAGUUUCUAUCGCUUGUAGCCUGUGCUGGGUUGUAACAUUCAUACGUAUGUUAGGGAUUGUGCUUCAUGCCUUAACUUUGCCCUUCUGCAACCUAAAUAUCAUCACACAGUGCUACUGUGAUCAUAUAUCAAUAACCCAGCUGGGGUGUGGUGAAAAUGUUGCAUAUGUUAAAAAUGUCUCACUUGUCAAUGCCUUGGUCAAUCUCUUGGUUCCUUUAACAUUCAUAAUUUUUUCUUACUUUUCAAUUAUCAUAGCUGUUCUGAAAAUGUCUCAUACUGAGAGGCGCCACAAAGUCCUGUCCACCUGUGCUCCUCAGAUCUUUAUUACCUGCCUUUAUUAUGUACCGAGAUGUUUUGUUUAUCUUGCUGACAAUUUGGGAUUCAGUUUGAGUACUGACGCCCGUAUUGUUGUUACCAUGAUGUACAGCCUCAUACCAGCUGUAGUUAAUCCAACGAUAUACUGUUUCAAGACGAAGGACAUUAAAGAAGCUUUGAUGCAGAGAUUUAAAAAUAGAAAAUUAAGCAUUGCAAUUUAAACUGAUCAUAAACAAACUAUUAAGUAAUAUUUUUCAGAUGAGCUAUGGGAAAUCAUACAUUGUCAUAAAGGUGCCAUGUAAGACGGUUGAUAGAAAUUUUGAAUUUACUUUAUUUACCGGUAUUACUUAUCACCACACUAGUAGUUUCCACAAGUUUUUUCUUUUUUAACCAGGAAGUUUGCCUGGGAGCAAUUUUUAACCUGUGUCUUCUGUUUAACCUGGGUGACCAACUACAGACAUAUAUCUUGGGAACGGUUAGUACUGCAAGAAUU